UUCAGCAGAGCUCCGUCACUCCAGACGCAGCCCACUGAAGACAGCCAAGAUGAAAAUCCAGGACAUGACAUUCAAGGAGGGGCAGGAGUUGAAGAUCCGCGUUAAGCCCAGCGAUGACUGCAGCUCCUUUGCCAUCAACAUCGGUCAUGACCCUGACAACAUAGCCAUGCACUUCAACCCCCGCUUUGACUGGCAAGGAGACUCCAACACCAUCGUCUUCAACUCCAAGUCCGGUGGAUGCUGGGGUGACGAGUGCCGGGAGGCAAGCUUCCCCUUCGUACGCGGGGAGGAGUGCAAGUUUUACAUCAACUUGAACAUGGAGCAGUUUUACAUCAAACUCCCCGAUGGCACCAUGAUAAACUUCGCCAACCGCCUGGGAGACAUCAAGUACCAGUACUUUGACAUCAGCGGCGACGCGAGGAUCGUCGGCAUCAAGAUCAAAUAGAGCUUGACUUCUCUCCAACCACCGACCUGUCUGUCUUUUGCUUGUUGCUGAAAUAGUCUGUUUUACAUUACUGAACCCAGGCCUGAUUGUUCAUCAUUCCUCCUACAUUAGAAAAUGUGAAGCAACAUGAAUUUCUGACGUUGUAAUGAGAGGAAACGGCCUAAAGAUGGAGCCACAGCACACCUUACCAGCUC